CUAUAAUAAGCAGAUGGGAGGGCGGCCGGAGUGGAUGCUCUCUAUGCCCUUCUCGGCACUUCGCCAUUCCUUCGCCGAGGAGCAUGGAGACGGGUUCGACAGAUGUAGGUAGGUAUAUAUCGAGCCCGUGGGCCCUAUAGCCUAUAUGGCUGUAACAAGGUUCGGCAUAAGUAGGCUUUCCACCUCUCUAGGAGGGAGGGGGGGAGGAGAGAGAAGGGGGGAGCGCCGCCGCUCAGACUUCGCCUGGUCCGGAUCCGGCUGUGUGGUCCUCGGCGACGGGCUCGCCCCCCAUUUUUCUGUUCCCUUUUUUUUUAAUGGUAAUAUUUUAUCGUGGUAUUCUUUUUCUUUCUUUCUCCUUCUCUCUUUAUCCUUCUUCUUCUUUUUCUUUUUCCUUGCCUGUCCCCUUUAUUCCCUCGCCCACUCGGAGAGAAGCGAGCCACACGUAUACCACGUCGUACACAUCUCGGACCUACCUGGCCUAACCUCAGGGAUCUAUGGCAUAUAUGUGUGGAUGUACGUACGGCUUAUGUGUGACAUGCUACCUAUCCACUUAUGUAUGUACGAUGUAUGUAAGGAGGGUCCCCUCUAUCUCUAUCUCUCUCUCUCAUCGGGAGCGACCCUACCUACUACUUACUACGUAGGUAGGUAGUACAUCCUCCCUCCCCUCCCCUCCCGCCCUAAUCUUAGCGGCCAGAGCGAUUACUACGUCCGAGACGUCGAUCCGUAAAGCCGGCCCGUCGGUGUCAUCUUCGUCUUCGUCGUCCUCGUUGUCGUCUCGUGCCGUCUCGUCGGGUUAAAUAACGCGCUCGUAGGAAUAUAGGUCGAGGCACGCUAGCGGUUCCGGACGCCCGCACACACCUGCCCACAACGUAUAGGUGCCGGCUAAAAGCGCUAGCAACGGGGUCUCGGUGUCGGGUUGCUCAUCCCGUUUCUAGAAGGUUACCCGUCAGCCCAGGUUCUCC